AUGUUAAAUCAUGUUCUUUCCUCGACCUUGGGGCUUUUAUUCUUAUUUGCUAUUGAGAAUGUCAAUGCAGGAGUCAGUAUCGACGGAGCUAGAGGUACAGUGUACUACGAUCUCGAGCUGCAAUGUACUGGAGAUGGAUCCGAUGCAGGCGGAGCAUCAGGUCUGAACGGUGCUUUAACGGCCUGUGGUUACAGUGCAGAAGGAUUGGGUACUUCAAGGUUUGUUGCUAUUGAUGGAAGCAUCUUUGACAAAAGUAUGUGUGGUCAAGAGGUGAUUAUCACCCAGAACGGAGCACCGUUCUCAUUCUCGGAAGGACCUAUGUUCGUUGGUGAUUUAUGUGGAGGAUGUGAAGGUGGUAAGAUACUAGAUCUCAGCGGCAAGAUCGCAGUCGAGAUGAUGGGAGGUGUAUGUAAAAACCCUCCUUCAUUCUCUUAUCAAAUCACUGAGAAUAUAGUCGGAGCCACAUUAGAAGGAUCACUCCCUGCUGGCGAUGGAUCGUCCUCCCCCGUCUCUUCUGCGUCAGCGAGUCAACCAGCUUUUAGUCAGAGUCAACCUGCAGUGUCGACUCCAGCAGCCUCCCAACCUGUUAGUCCCACUACCCAGUCGAUCCCACCAGUAUCUCAGCCAGUCACACCAGCCACUUCCCAAAUCGUUCCUGCGACAUCUCAACCUGUCGAUCCUGCUACUUCUCCAGCCAAUCCCGCUUCAGUGAUAGCUACUACAUCGGCUGCUCAAAGUUUACCCGCGACGACAUUUGCAGCGGCACCUACUAACACCGGUGGUAAUCGAUGGGGAGGUGGAUGGGGAAGACCACCAGCUUUGUUCGCCGAGAAUGAGAGUGCCACUAAUGGGACGUCAUGUAAGAGGCGGAAGAGACGAAGGAGAGUUCGCAAGGCUCAUUAG